AUGACAGACACCGACUCUCUGGCUGAUGCUCUCCAGGCUAUCAGUGUGAGUACAGAACUCAUUGAAGAAGAGCUGAAGCCUCAUUUGGACACCAUUCUAGCUGCACAGUUGGAAAAGAAAAAAGAAAUUGCUGUUCAUAUAGCAAAAAGUGGGAUUCUACCUAUACUUGCUCAGACUUUACAAAAUAAAAGCAGUCUGAGUUGUCAAGUUGCUUUGUUGGUAGCUGAAAUGGCCCGGGAAGGUGCUGUCAGGGGUUUGUGUAUUGAGGCAGGCUUAGUGAAGGUCCUAGUUCCUCAUCUGGACAGUAAUGAUCCAGAGAUGCUGCUCAACACUGGUAGGGCAAUUGGCCGCAUUUGCUUUGACAACGAAUACGAGCAAGAUCAGUUGGUUCACUCUGGUGUCAUCUUCAAACUUGUCUCCAUCAUAAGAAAGUAUCCAGAAAAUGAUCCCUUGAUUAAUGUCUGUGUGCUGGCGCUCUGUAACUUGGCAGACUUGGAUUCUGCGAAGGAGGCUCUUAUUGAAGUUGAUGUGGGAGAUGUGCUGUUGUUUCAGUUGAAACGAGCCCCUGAUGCUGAACGUCAACAUGUCAUCCUGGAAAUACUGGCCUCACUGGCCGAGAAUGAGAUGCUCAAGUCUCAGUUUGUUGAAUCAGGGGUACCAGAGGAAUUAUCAGAGUUGAUUAGGGGUCUACAGGGAUGUUCAGACCCUCAGACGCUUUGCAGCAUCAAGAUUGCAUCUAACCUCAUAGUAUCCCUGCUUUUAGGAGAUGAGUCCAUGCAAAAGUGUUUUGUUGAAGGCUCAGGCAUGGUGUACCAGGAUGUUAUGUCCUGGCUGCAGAGCUCCAACACUCAGUUGCAGUUGUCCGGAGCCUUGGCUAUUACCAAUUUUGCCAGAAAUGACAGUAACUCCAUUAAGAUGAUGGACCUUGGUGUGGUUCCGCACAUCCUGUCUAUGUUGGAACAGCAUGUUCCUGAAGGAGAUGUGUCUGUGCUCCAUGCAGGACUGAGCGCACUUCGAAACUUAGCCAUUCCAGCUAGCAAUAAGGUGCGCUUGAUGGAUGAUGGACUGGUAGAGAGGAUAAAAAGCCUGCUGCAGUCUGAUAUGCCCCCAGUUCAAUUCAAACUGCUGGGCACACUACGCAUGAUGGUCGACGGACAAGAGGAAGCAGCCCAGUUGCUGGGAACCGAUGAAACUCUUCUAUUCCAGGUUACAGAGUUGUGUAAAGUCAAAGACAAUGUAGGACUAAGAGGGGAAGCCAGUCGUUUAUUGUCUGCCCUUAUAAGGCACAGCCACAGGCCUGAUGUCAUCCAUGCUGUAAUAAAGGCAGAUGGGAUUCGACACCUUAUUUCAAUGUCUCAAAGUGAGCAUGUAAUCAUGCAGAAUGAGGCCCUGGUUGCCUUGGCAAUUGCAUCCGCUGUCGACAUUGAGUCGAUGAAGGAUCUCUUUACGGAGACAGAGCUAUUAACAGUGCUGAAGAAGAUGUUGGAAGAUCCUGCUGGAACAGCUGAAGUCAAAUACAGUGCUUUAAGUCUCAUUUGCAGUCUGGCCAAGAGCGGUGCGAUGAAUGCAGAGUUGGAGAAUAUGAAUAUGAAAGACUGCCUCUCUAAACUGACUGACCAUAACAACAGUCAGCUUGCUUCACAGGCCAGCUCCACGCUCUCCCUUCUAGGUGACACCAGCUAA